AUGUACGCCGCUCAGAAUAUAACGCCAACAGUUUUGGAUGCUAUGAAUGGAAAUGUUUCCGAAUGGUAUAACGAAUGCGACAAUGCCAUUAGAAGGUCAGAAAUAGUUCCUGGAACUUACGAAUAUACAACUGCUGUUUCUUAUGGAAACGUAGGUGAGUUUGGAGAAGGUUCUUCAACAACAGUAGAUAUUGCUUGCGACAGGUUUCAUAUAAUUUCUAUUGACAACUCUUUCUUAUACGUGGAACAAGACAUUGAAAUAAAACCUUCUGCCAAGUUGUCUGACAAGAAAGGUUGCAAUGGAAUUUUCUAUGUCGGAUACCAAUAUGCUCCAGAAGUUUUCAUGGGAUAUAAGAUAUAUUCUAACUCUGACUUAGUUCAAACAGUAACAUGGGCAAACUAUGAAUGGUUCGCUUUGAGAAACUCAGUACAACCACAAGCUAGAGAACAAACAGACCAGUAUGCAACUAUUGAGAAAAUAAGAAGACUUGACCCUAACGUUCCAGGAGUUUAUGUUAACCUUUCUGGUUCAGAUGGAAAUGCUGUCACUAAAGUAAAACUGAAACUUAGAGUUCCUUUGUCAUCUUUCCUCAUCUUCAGGUUUUUAAGAUACUUGCCAAACUGGGCAGGAAAAAUUUCUAUCGAACUUACUCCAAGCAAAAAUAACUUAGUCAUUGCACCAACACAAGACCCAUUCACUAUUACAGAAGUAGUGGGAACAAAUAAAAUGUCAUUCGCCGACUUUUGCAAAGACAAAGUUGACUUAG